AUGAUCGAAGAAGUUCUUCAUGCCGACAUGGAUCAAGGACUGUCAAAUGGACUUGGUCAGCUACAGUUUUCGAAUCGCCCCGACGACAAUGAGAAUCCGCAGUUGGCAGUGAACAUCAUUCCCCUUCCAGCUGAGUUGAUCUAUGACAUCCUGGAUUAUCUGCCAAACGAGGAUGUAAUUGCAUUCGUAUCUUGUCGGUGGGACUUUUUUCAAGCUUCAAUCGACUUUCUGAUUGAUAGAGUGGGGCCUGCCUUCCAAGGUCUUGACUCGUUGGUGAAGGCUGUCAUACACAAAAACUGGCCUAAGCAGUGGCUAUGGGAUCUCAUGCGGAGAUCCAAGUCUGGUAAAUCAAGUUUGCGAGGCUUCAAAUCUCUCCUGAAUCUUUUUGAACAGAAUGAGUGGCCUGAGAAAGUGCUUCGGAAUAUUGUCUCUGCGUGUGCCAAACAUGGAUCGCCGAUUUCGCACAGCUGUCUUAACUCUCACUUUUACGAAGGAGCCAUUCUUUAUCUGCAAGAAGAGCCAAAUGCGGCAUUGGAUAUGACUAGGUCUCAAAUGAGUGUUCUUCAAAGUUCCAUCCUCCUCCGUGCCACCAAAUGCGUUGAAAUAAUCGAGGCCAUUCUGCAAGAUAUGACAGAACCAGAACGAGUGGCUCAUAUAAAUUACUUCGACGAUUUCAGCAAUACUGCUUUAGACUAUGCGGUUAGGAUCUCUCCAGUCCCUAUCAUCGAUGCACUGAUCCGCUUAGGAGCUGAUUUUGACAAUCGCGACAAACUUGGUUUUACGCCACUCAUGAAUGCUUGCCACUUGGGACGCGAUGAAGCCAUCCACUGCUUGAUUGACCACGGUGCGAAUGUCACCGCUACGAACAAUUUUGGAGAAUCGGCGCUAGAGUCCAACAUCAAAAACACCGCGCUUCUCCAUGCCUUCAAGAACAACAAGCAGUUUCUGGAUCUCUUUUUAGAGUGUGGCGCAGAGGGCCCAUACAUUGGACUCCCGGAGCGUAUUAUUUCUCUUGACUUGGUCGAUGGUCAGUCUUCGGCACACAUGCAACAACAGAUUCCGUCAACGUUACUCGAAAAUGUGGCAGAGUCUCAGACCUCUGGUAUCGAGCCGCAACGCAGAAGUUCCCCGAUCGAUGGGACAGAAGUAGAUGAAGGUCAAAGGGGCACGCGCGAUGACCAUAUCUCCCGCACAAUAGGGGCCCUGAAGAUCAACGAUAUGCAUAGCAGGGUUGACGCUUGGGGCUACAUUGGAACAGGAUGCUUCUCCAUCAUGCGAAUUGGCUCAUUAGAAGCCUGCAAGUACAUUUUCAAGAUCGGGUUGCUUGGCAACACAGAAUCCCUUCAAAAAGUAUCUGACUCGCAGAGCCGCAUUUCUCAUAUCACCUACAUUGAUGAAAUGGGACGCACUCAACGACUAUAUGGACGGGAGAAUGUGCAAGAAAUUACGGGGGAUCUCAUUCCGACAUUCCGCACUUUGUCCGAAUGA